CGUGAAAAUAAGUUCUCUGCGUUAUUUUGUGAACACGCUGAUUAAUCCACCUGCUCCGACACGCAAUUCUGCAAAAUGGCCAGUCGCAUUCUGGGCAAGCUGCGCCCCAGCACCAGCGCUCUGUUUGUCUGCGACGUCCAGGAGAAGUUCCGGCCGCUCAUCGCGGGCUUCCCCACCGUCAUCGACACCACCAAGCGCAUGGUACUGGGCGCUAAGUGCCUGGACAUCCCGGUGCUGGUCACCGAGCAGUACCCCAAGGCCCUAGGAUCCACGGUGUCAGAGGUGGCGGGUGUGCUGCCCCCAGGCACGCCACCCGCCUUCGCCAAAACCCUGUUCUCCAUGCUCACACCCGAGGUCGACUCCUGGCUCAAGACCAAACCCGACGUCAAGCAGGUCAUGCUUGUGGGCAUCGAGGCGCACGUGUGUGUGUUCCAGACCUCCCUGGACCUCAUCGAGCGGGGGUACGAGGUGCACCUGCUGACGGACGGCGUGUCGUCAUCGCGCCCCCACCACCGCGCCGCCGCACUGCAGCGCAUGGCGCAAGCGGGCGUGUUGUUCAGUACCAGUGAGAUGGCGCUGUUCCAGCUGUGUGGGGACGCCAAGCACCCGCGCUUCAAGGAGGUCAGCGCGCUGGUGAAGGAGGGACAGGCGGCGGAGCCGUUCGCAUUCACCGCCUCGCUCUGAGGGCUGAGGAGGGUGCUGGAGGACGGCGCUGGAGGAGGUGGGGGGCUGGGAGUGGAGGGCAGUUUAGGUUGACAGUUGUUUUGCGCAGGCAGCAAAAGACCGAGAGGGGGUGGAUGUACUGAUUGGUUGAGAGGGGAAGGGCAUUCGUGGGGGGAGGGGCAGGCGGCACCAGGAGCUGCGAUGCGUCAUAAUGGUUCUGCCGUGCCCCGUGGGCUGCUUUACCACAGCUGCAUCUUGUGGGAAGGAGAACGAAAGAAGGGGUAAGAUAGGAUGAGCGAUAGAGGAUGAACGCGCUCGGAUUUAGAUGGAAGCUCCGGUAUGACAGUGAGUUGGAGAGUGCGCCGCGUUGUGCAGCACCCGUUGUCUUGUUAAAGCCUGGCUUUUCAGUCGGGUCGUGCUGUGCGGCAGAGGUUGGGAAGGAGUGCGAUGUGAUAGGGUAAGGGCAGGGGUAAGGGGCAGGUUGGCGUACUCCCGUAAUGUGCAGCGUAUUCCCAGACCCCAACAUGUAUUUGUAACGUCAAGGCAAA